AUGGCCGAUGAGUUUUUGGCCGCUUCGUCGAAAGGUGUACAGAGGAAGAACGAGGCCGUGCACACCGUCAAAGCUUCCCUGGGUCAUGACGCAUAUCACGCUUUGUGUCGACUGCGAAGGGAGGACCAGGCCGAGGGGGAGAUCAUCGAGAAGGCAUUGAUCCUGUUGGACACGUACUCGGUGGUGUCCCGAGCCUUGGGCCAGAACACCUUGGUCAAGGCGGUGAAUGUGGUGCAACAAAUGCGCAAUGCCGGCUACAGUGACGAGUGGGCCACGACGCUGUGCAGGGCUCUCUUUCGACAGAAAGACAAAGACCUUCGCAAGGCCUUCCGCCUCUUUGACCAGAACCGAAAUGGAUGGAUUGAAUCCUCCGAGCUGCGGGAGGCGCUUCCCUUGAUGGGUGAGGAGGUGCCCGACGCGCGCAUCGAAGAACUCUUUGCGAUCGUAGACCAGGACAAGACGGGGCUGAUAGACUUCGAGGAGUUUUGCUUCUUAGUCAAGGGCCUGAACAAGGAGGAAGGUGAGGAAGCAGAUGCCUUCGCUGCAUUUCGCACAUCCGCUGAAGAUACCCUGGGAGCUGUUGGUGGAGCAGUUGGAUCUGUGGCAUCUGGAACGGGUGCGGCGCUCUCUGCGGUGUCCACGGCCUGGUCGGCCAAUUUGCCCGGCCUCAGCCCUUUCGAACUGCGCAAAGCGGGCGUCGUCCUCAAGAAGAUGACCGCAGCAGGAUACAGCGAAGCCAUGGCCCUGGCCAUUUGCAGAGCCUUGUUUUGUGGUCAGACUGAAAAGCAAAUGCAAAAAGCCUACAAAUUCUUUGAUUCCGACGAGAAUGGACGGAUUGAUGUGACGGAGCUUAAAGAGGCCAUGAAGCUCAUGGGGGAGGAUAUCAAGGACGAGCAAAUCGCUGCGCUCUUCAGUGCAGUGGAUCACGAUGGCAAUGAUGCCAUAAGCAGCGGUCGCAGCUGCAACUGGCUGCUAAAGCGCAGCUGGUUCGAUUUCGCUUGGAAGAUUGAGUGCUUCGUGCCGCCAGACGCGGACGCUCUGGUGGACGUUCAGAUACCUCGACAGAGAGGAUGUUGCAGUUCACAGCGGAUUUCAAAUAGCAAAGACAGUGAUGCCAAAGACAGCUUAAGUGCUUGCUGUCCUGCACAGCUGCAGAGCAGUGAGGCAACACCAAUGCAUUCUCCAGGCAAUUGUUCGGGGACAAGCACCAGCAGUACCAUCACAGUUCUGUCGCAAGCGACCACGCUAAACUCUCCGCCUGUGAUGUCUUCAUUGCCAACAGAUGCAGAGGAGUUUUUCGAAGGAGGAGUGGAGCUUUCCCCCAUGAAGGUGGAUUCGUCCGAAGAUCUCUUGCGCUUGACCACACAGCCACUGUCAAUGCUAGACUCAGACGAGGCUCUUCAGCAGUUUUGGCCGCUCGUAGACCGCGAUUUGCCGAAGGCUCUCUUCCUAGAUUACGAUGGCACCCUGCGGGAGUUUGAAACGAGGCCAGAACUCGCUGUUCCAACAGACGAGCUCCUGAGUCUUCUUGCGGCGUUGAAUGAUCGACCUGACAUCAGGUCCCAUAUCAUCAGCGGCCGCGAUUCCAGUUUUUUGGAAACUCACUUCGGAAGCCUCAACAGCUUCACGCUGAUUGCGGAGCAUGGCUAUCACAUCUCUCCGCCGACAGAUGGAAACUGCCAGCGCAAGUGGGAACUUUGGGAACACUUUGGUGGGGAUGCAAAGAAUUUCGCAGUUCACCGAAACUGGAAGGCCACGUUGCGCGAGGCAAUGUCUAGCAUCGUUGCGGACAACCCUGGAAGUAGUAUCGAGGAGAAGCAAUCAUCAUUGGUAUGGCAUUACAGAGAAUUGGUGGAAAAGGAUACGGAAGCUUCCGUGCAGCAGGCUUGGGCGCGACUUAGCCAGCUUUGUGCACGAGAGCACUUAAAGGACGUCAACAUCUCCAUUGGGAACAAGUACUUGGAGGCGUCCUACCGGACCGUCCGCAAAGGACUGGUCAUGCGCCGGUUGUGCGAGGAAAAGGCUCUCUUUGGGGAGCCAUUUGCAGCCGUCCUGGCUGCGGGGGAUGAUGUGUCCGAUGAGACCAUGUUUGAGGCGGCGCCGCCGGACUACCUCACCAUCAAGGUUGGUGAUGGUCAAACCCUUGCCAGCUUUCGAGCUGGAACACCUCAUGAGCUGAGAGAAUUUCUUUCACGCUUCUAGUCGAUUUGAGCCGCCUGGGAGCCUGGCUCAGGUGUCGACUGCAGGUCCCCAAACCCUGAACAAGAAUGACCCGUCGCGUGAAACCUGUGUCGACUGCAGUCCGAGAAAAAAAACACAUUCAUCCAAAGCCUCAAGCGCGCCUCGGGUGUUCUACUUCGCGUGGCGAAACGAAGAUGACAUUGUGAAAGUGUUUACCCAGACGCUCCAAACAGCCCGACUGGUCCUUGAAAACCAUAGGGAUUGGUUUGGGUCCAGACCCCUCCAUAUGAGGGUGCAACCCCUGCGUAUGAGGGUCCAGGAGUGUCUGGGUAGUUGUUGUUAUUUUCAAAUCCACGCCAUCUUGACAGCAACUGCCUGAGCGAGCUGAACCUUCUUUCCUCUUCACAGAUUCUGGUGCAUGAUAGGCGAGUGGCAAGACCAUAUGGCUGCAUGUAUAUAGCGUUAAAAGAACUGAUGCAUCAUAAGUGAUUCGUGCUCACCAUGAUUCUGUCUUCAUGAUGAAUCAGAAUCCACAGUGGUACCAUGACGCUUCAGCGAUCCCGAAGGGUCUUUUUCUGCCGAUUCAGGUGGAUUGCAGUUGAUGAGACCAUGGAACAGAAAUGGCCUCAUGGCACUGCAAGUGUUCUCAAGGUGGCACUCUGAGGUGGAGAAUGACAGUGCAAUGUUGUUCUCACCAUGCACAUAUUCUGUAAACAUUUGUGUGGUCAAAUUCAUAAAGUGGCUCAGCAAUUGAGAUUCAACUGACAGAGAUGAGAUGGUCACUGUUAUUCCCCGGUGAAUUUGACCGCAGAGAGAGUGCGUGAAUUUCGCGGCUUUUUGCUCAGUGGGCAAAUGACGCGCUUUACUCUACACCUUGAGCUGAAAUGCAGUCCUGUGGGGGCUCUGGCACAGAAAUCACAUAUUUCUGUCAAAGACAGACUUUCUAGUUGGCUGAGGUGAUGAUAAUCACCCGACUGUAGACAUGAGAUUUGCCCAAGGCUGUCAUGCUUUGCGAUGGCAAUCUGGGCUGUUCGUUUACAUCAAGCCGAAACAACUCCAACUCCAACAAAUAUCAAUUUGCUUGCCCAGUGAAGACUGGGUGAGCCUCUUUGAAAGAAUUGCAGCGGCGCAUGGUUGGCCUC